AUGUUUAAGAAAAUUAUUUAAGGCUUUUCAAAAUACUCCCAUAGGUCAACAAUUCCCAGUCUUCUUAAGGAUCCUAAAUAUACAAGACGUGGGGUAGUGAAACCAAAAGGGGAAACUAGAAUGCUAAGAAAACCUUCAAUACCAGAGGAUAUUCCUAAUGCUCAUCUUUAUUAUGAUCAUUCAAAGUUUAUUGAAAUUCAAAAAAAUAAUCCUCCUCAUAAAUUAGUACUUAUUGAAAUAAUAAUAAGAAAUAUGAAUCAACAGAUUUAGAUUUCAUUUUGAGUGUACUUAAUAAUGAUACCUUUAUUCACACUUAAGAUUUCAAGCUUUGGAAAGCCAUUAAAUAAUUAAACAUUCAUCAUCCAAAUGAAGUUAAGAAGAAUUGGGAGGUUUUUGAUAGAGCAUAUAGAGUAAUAUUAGAAAAUGCGAGAUAUUUGGAUAUUUACAAUUUCAGAUCAUUUACUCAAGUUUCGUAACAAUAUUAUUCAGAUGAUGAAAACGUUUGGAAAGUGUUAUACAGAAUUUCAAUUCAAUUUUUUGUUGGUUGGGAACAUCAACAAACUCCCCUAUUAAGCAAAAUAAUUGAAAAGUAAAAUAUUCAUAUAAUUAAUUUAGGACAUAUUAGCAAUCAUUUUUAUUCUGCUUUCAUAUUAUAAUGCAACAGGUUAGAAGAUUCAAUAUUGAUGUAUCUAAUAUUAUAAUUCAUUUGGAUUAUUUGAUGAGAAACCAUUUAAGAUUUUACAAAAUUGUAUUAAUCAAUAUUUCUAUUAUAGCAUAGUGAAGAAACAUACAAUAAAGUAGAGAAUGUGGAGGACAAGAAUCAACUAGGAAAUUUCAUAGCUCAUUUUGCAUUUUGUAUUUAACAGAGAAAAGACAUUUUUAAUGAUGUGGACAAAGAGGUUAAGGAGAAAUAAGUGGAAGAAUUUUUACAUAAAGGACAAAAGUUUUGUUUAGAAUCAUUUGAUAAACUCACUAUAGGAACCAAGAAAAAUCUAUAAAAUUCAAUAACUUAUAGCAGGUAUUAGUAUAAGCCAUUAUUUGACAAAUUUAAAUGA